AGGUGUGAAGUAAACGAGGCUCAGGAAAUGAUGUCAUUAGGCCCCUCCCACCCCUCACCUGAACAGAGGGGUAGGGCCAGACUGAAGCUGUCUGUACAGACAGGGGGGAAAAAAACAAGGAACCGUUCACAACCUGUUUGUCUUUGACGGAAAACAUUUUUAUGUGAAAACGAGAAUCCAGAUUGCACAGGAUCUUAUUAAACAACUUUAAAAAAUGGACGUCCCAGAAAAUUCCCCAGGGAUUAUGGGACUUCUGAAAACUUUUGAAGCUUCAGAGUUUGGGAGUUGGGAGAAGAUUGGCUCCGGCGGCUUCGGACAGGUGUACAAAGUACGACAUAUGCAGUGGAAAACAUGGUUGGCGAUCAAGUGCCCUCCUAGCCUUCAUUCAGAUGACAAGGAGCGUGCCGAACUUUUAGAGGAGGCCAAAAAGAUGGAGGCGGCUAAGUUCCGCUACAUCCUCCCUGUAUACGGCAUCUGCAGCGAUCCGCAGGGACUGGUGAUGGAAUACAUGGAGACGGGCUCUUUGGAAACCCUGCUGGCCUCGGAGCCACUGCCCUGGGAGCUGCGUUUCCGUAUCAUCCACGAGACGUCGGUGGGGAUGAACUUCCUGCACUGCAUGAACCCGCCCCUCCUUCAUCUCGACCUCAAACCUGCCAACAUCCUGCUGGACGCACACUACCACAUCAAGAUUUCUGACUUCGGUCUGGCGAGGUGGAAUGGCUUUGCUAGGAACGACGAUAUUAGCCGUGACGGGUUUUGUGGCACCAUCGCCUACCUUCCUCCAGAAAGGAUCAUUGAAAAAGACAGAAUCUCUGACACUAAACACGAUGUGUACAGUUUUUCCAUUGUUAUCUGGGGAAUCCUCGCUCAGAAAAAGCCAUAUCAAGGAGAGAAUAACAUCCUGCACAUAAUGGUUAAGGUAGUGAAGGGCGUUCGUCCAGAUCUCAGCCUCAUUCCCCGCAGUCGUCCCCAGGCCUGCUCAGGGUUCCUGUACCUUAUGCAGAAAUGCUGGGCACAUUCCCCUGAAGCCCGACCCAGUUUUCAAGAGAUCACAUCAGAAGCUGAGGAGCUCUGCACCAAACCUCAUGAUGAGUCCAGAGCUUCUAUUUCUUCAGAACCAGACUGUUCCCCUUGCCCUGCCCCAGCCUCCAGUGAACAGACAAACAACCAAAUGCCAGUGAGGCCGAAGUCAGCCAUGUUACCUGAGAAAGACUACAGCCUGUCCGAGCUGCUGUGUCAGAUUGACUCCGGCUUGUCUCGCAGUUUUAGCAAUGUCAAAGAAGAGUCCCUUGAGAGCAAAGACAACACCAGCAAGAGACUGUCAGGCAUCUCCUCUGUGGACUCGGCUUUCUCAUCCCAAGGCUCGAUUACAUUGUCCUUUGAGAAAGAAAAUGCUGUAAAUGAAUCCAGUGAGUUACAGAGGAAGAAGCUUUGUGAAGCCAUUCGCACUGAAGACAUCGCCAAGCUAAUGAAGAUCCUCCAGCCUCAAGAUGUUGACUUGCUCUUGGAGGGCGGCAGCAACCUGCUCCACUUCGCAGUGAGCCUGGCCAAUGAGGAGGCAGUAAAGUUUCUGCUGCUUAGCAACUGCAACCCUAAUUUGCCCAAUAUUCACGGAGCCACGCCCCUCCACCUGGCUGCCGAAAAGCGGCUGAAGGGAGUGUCUGACAUUCUCCUGAGCCGCAAGACGACAAAUGUCAACGCCAAGGAUGAGGACCAGUACACACCUCUACACUUUGCAGCGCAGAACGGCGAUGAAGCCCUGACCCGCUUACUCCUAGACCGAAAUGCUUCCAUUAACGAAAUAGACGCUCAGGGCCGGACGCCGGCGCAUAUCGCCUGCCACCACGGACAGGAGAAUGUGUUGAGGGUCUUGCUGAGUCGUGGAGCUGACAUCCAUGUGAAAGGUAAAGAUGACUGGACAGCGCUACACCUUGCUGCCUGGAAAGGCCAUUUGGGAAUAGUGAAGCUCCUGGUGAAGCAGGCCGGUGCAGAUAUUGAUGGUCAGACAUCGGACGGGCGCACUCCGCUCCAUCUGGCGUCUCAAAGAGGCCAGUACCGGGUGGCACGGAUCCUGGUGGAGCUUGGCGCUAACGUGCAUCUAACCUCUGAUGGCCUCCACAGUCCGCUUCACGUGGCUGCGGAAACCGGCCACACCAGCACUUCAAGGCUGCUUGUGAAACACGGCGCCGAUAUUCACAGCCAAACCGCUAGCGGCUGCACCGCCCUGCACCUGGCCGCACAGAAAGGCCAUCUGCCAACAGUUAAAAUGCUUCUGGGAGGGGGUGCUGACCCUGAGAGCGUUAACCACGGUCUUCGCACGGCAUGUCACCUGGCCGCUGAGAACGGCCACUGCGAGGUCCUCAAAGAGCUUCUGCAGAGCUGCCCCGACAUCGCCAGUACCCAAGACCGGAAUGGAUUCACUCCGCUUCACCUGGCUGUACGCGGUGGCUACAAAGACGCCAUCUGCGUCCUGCUCAAACGUGGUGCCGAUGCUGCACCGCUGUCCCCGCAGCCCGCUGGAGAACAUACGUUCGACUACACCUCGGAAUCUGAGCCGGAGAGUCCGAAUCCUUUCACCCCCACAAAACUCCAGAGGAAAGUGGUCGUUCUGAAACUCACCAGCCACAAAAACACUGACAGCUCACUGGUCCCUGGUGAAUCGGCACUUUGUUGAGGGUCCUACUGUGGUUUGAACUCAUGGACUCCAGGAACAAACCUUUGCCAAUAUGCUCAUAGACACUUUCUCCCUCUUUUUUUUUUAUUUCUACUUUAUAAAAACUGACAGAUGCUGAAAAAGAGGGACUUAAUGUACAUGUUGUAAUUACUCGGUUAUUGAAAUAUUGACAUUUUCUCCAGCGUUUGGGCUCUUGUUGGCUUUCCCCCUUAAUAAUGGAGUUGUUUUGUAAUUGGAAAGGCAUUUAUGUGUAUGUAUAUAUAUAUAUA